CAGAAAGGGGUAUAAGUUAGUUGAUCUGAAUUGUGCCUUGGCUCUACACAUGAAGGUCAAUGUGUUUGUGCCAAGAUGGCCAAUAAAUGAGUCUUUGUGUUGUUUAGUGUGCAUGGAAUUUGCAUAGGCUGUGCUGGAGCAGGCAGAUCUAUUUCUGAAAACAAGGAACAAUUUCUUCUUGCCGUGUCGUUGCUUCCCAAUGCCUCACCAGAAGCUUUCAGCACUUGUUGAUGCCAUCUGCAGUUUUGUUAUCUGCAAUGACUCCUCCCUUCAGCGGCAUCAAAUCAUCUUCAAUCCAGACUUUUUUGUGGAGAAGCUCAGACAUGAGAAGCCUGAAGUGUUUACAGAGCUCGUGGUCAGCAACAUCACCCGGCUGAUUGACCUCCCCGGAGCAGAGCUAGCCCAGUUGAUGGGAGAGGAGGACCCACAGCUGCCUGGUGGGACUGGCACAUCCUCAGGUUUUUUCCGUUCCCUGAUGUCUCUGAAACGUAAAGAAAAAGGAGUAAUAUUUGGAGCUCCAUUGACUGAAGAAGGCAUUGCUCAAAUAUCUCAACUAAUUGAGUACCUCCAUAAGAAUCUGCGGGUGGAAGGCUUGUUUCGAGUGCCAGGAAACAGUACCAGGCAGCAGACCCUGAAAGAAGCACUGAACAGUGGAACAGAAAUUGACUUGGAUUCUGGGGAGUUUCACUCCAAUGAUGUGGCCACUCUGCUGAAGAUGUUCCUGGGGGAGUUACCAGAACCUUUGUUGACCCAUAAACAUUUCCAUGCGCACCUCAAAAUUUCAGACCUAACGCAGUUUGAUGACAAGGGAAACAAGACCAAUAUUCCAGAUAAAGUGCGGCAAAUUGAAGCACUGCAGCUGCUCUUCUUGAUCCUGCCAGCUCCCAACCGCAAUCUGCUGAAGUUGCUCUUGGAUUUGCUCUAUCAGACAGCUAAGAAGCAGGACAAGAACAAGAUGUCAGCUCAUAACCUUGCUCUUAUGUUUGCACCUCACAUUCUAUGGCCCCGAAAUGUGACUACCAAUGAUCUGCAGGAGAACAUUACCAAACUGAAUAAUGGCAUGGCAUUCAUGAUCAAGCACUCACAAAAGCUCUUCAAGGCUCCUGCAUAUAUCCGGGAAUGUGCUAGACUGCAUUACUUGGACUCCAGAGCACAUGCUUCAAAGGAUGACCUAGACUUGCCAAUGCCUCAGGGCAUCCAGAGAUUCAAGAAACGAGGGCUGCUGGAUCCCUCUGCCCACCAGGAAGACACACAGCAAUGUACAGAGGAGGCCCUGAAAGAACUCUUCCAACAUGUUCAUAAUAUGCCAGAUUCUGCCAAGAAAAAGAAGCUAAUUCAACAGUUUCAGAAGCAUCCUGAAGCUCUCACUCCUCAGACAAGGACGCCCACUCCUCAGACCCAGAAACGAAGUCGCACUCACUCCUUUAGUGGCCUAAUCAAGCGUAAAGUUCUGGGAAGUCAAGUGUCUUUGGACAAAAAUGGAAAGGAUGUUUUGGCAUCUGCAGGCACUAAGGAUACAAAGUGUGACAGUAAGGAGAAUGUAAGCAUGUUACAGAGACCUGGUUCCUCUCCAACAAUCGGUGUGAUUCGAGCAAGGCUGAAGUCAAAGUCACUUGAGCACAGAAAAGAGGGCUCCUGUAAACAUAAUCGAUUUCAUGGGACUUCAGCAGAGGAAUCUUCCAUUUGAUCAUCCAUUUGAUGGAAUAUAUGUGCAGGAAAGAUUUGCAUACCUGUGGAUAAUGCCUGCUACCCCCAAGUUGUGAGCAAUGCAUCCGUGUCUGGACUUCCUGCUCCCUCUAACCUUACUUACUAGAACCUGGACUACAGUAUUGUGCCUACAAGAUUAACAGACUUUCUUCCAGUUAAACAUGUGGAAACUACUGUCUGAUCACUUGUCUGUGGACUGAACAGAAUCUGAAGUGUAACCUCUCUUUGGAGAGGUGGUUGUAUUGUAUUCCUUGUCUUUCCAAAUUCCCUUCUCUCUGUCCACUCUUCGGAACUUGGAUUACAUCUGUUUCUUUUUUUAGCUGCUGGUUUGUUUUGAAUUUUUAUCCAGGUUGUAAGUAUGUGUACCUUUCCCCCUCUAGUUUCCAUUAAUAUCCACCAUGGAGUCAGCUUUCAAACCUUUUUGGCAGCUAGUUUCAGUAUUUCAUGAAAUGGAAGUCUCCCUGUUGUAGUUUUUGAUGGACAUGGAGGAGGAAGUUCACAGCUAUCACAAAUCCAGAUAUCUCUUUCUUAGAUCAGGAAUGUGGUUGCACCCAUCCCAUUGCCUGAGCUAUCCUAACUUGGACAUUUUCGACAAACUCUAAGAGACCUCUAAGAGAAACUGUAGUUAACAACCUCUUCAAACUUCACCCACUGUUUAAAGGCCAUAAUGUGCCUCCUUGGUUGAAUUCUGGGAUUUCAGUCUUCAAAGCUAUCACAUCUCUUCAAAGGUAGGUGAAUCUACUACCAUGUUCAUUUUAUCUUCAGCUUGCAGCUCUUGUUCUUUACUCAGUGCUGAUUGAUAGGGAAACAGUUGGGCUGAAGCUUUUGUCUGAUGGAGUUUGACUUGCUGCCCCCUUCUUGUUGUGUUCCCACUGUUUGUAGUGCAAGUUGUGACGUCCAUUUCUUAAACAGGACCAAGGGGCUGACAGUUUAAUGACUAACAAUCUGUUGGAAGUGCACUAAAAGGCAGAGGAGCUUAUUAAUGUGGACCUUGCUCACUGAAAAGGAAGAAAGGCUGUCACAUAAAAGAGAAAUGUUCCCUUUUGCUUCUGUCAGAAAGAGAAAAGCACAGGUGGAAGAGUGGUGCAGUGUUGUAGCCUGGUAGGGGGGCCACUGUAGAACUGUAACAAUAAUCUGAAACUGCUAGGCUUUCCCUUGCUCUUAAAGGAGCAAGAAAACUAUUUAGGUGAACACCCUGCAACCCUACAUGGCAGCAGAUAGCCACUUAUAACGUUUGAUGCAGUAUGGCUAGGUGCAGUUAUUUGGUUUAUGCCAUAUUUCUUUGUCCCUAGGAACUAGCUUUGGCUUAAAUUGUGAUGGGAAGUAGUACAACUUUAUGGACACAGCAAAUAUUGGAGUCUCCUGAAUAUGUGAAGACUGAAUGUGCAAGUAGAGUUUCUCCCCUAAUUUGAAAAGAACAGGCUUCUAAAUCCAUAUCAGCACCAUAUCAAAUAAAUGUGUUUCAGAUGCAUACAGUUAUGUUCUGAUACAAGUUUGGAUUGUCACACACACAUGUUUGUAAAAUAACUAGAGCCAAAGAAAAGGAAAACUGCUAUCACUGAGGUCAUAGGCAAGAUUGAGAAGAUAAAUAAAUGUGUCAAUAAAUGUGGUGUUGAGGGCACAAUAGUUGUGAAAGAAUGCAGCUCAAUACAAAUCUUCUUGUGUUUAUUUAUUUAGCCACCCUCUGACAAUUGUGAAGUCAGCAAGGAUCCACCUGGAAGUUGUCCAAAUGCCACCUAUAGAUCCAUCUGUUUUGCAGCCUCAGGGAGGAUCAUGUGGCGCUCCAGAUGUUAUUUAGCUAAAACACACAUAAUCCCUUGCCAUUGUUUGUGUUGCCCAGAGGUGAUGGGAAUCACAGUUUAACAAUAUCUAGAGAGCCACAGGUUUGCCUUUCCUGAUCUAGUUUGUCCCUGGGUUGCUUUCCUGAAAGAACUGAUCCCUCCUUAGCAUCACAGAGAAGAUAGAUUCAUUGUGUUGGUUCAUAAGUAACAUUGAACCAUGGUUUCAAUCUGCAUGAACAAACUCUUGGUUCAUGUAUUAAAGCAUAAUUCUUUCUUCUCUCACACAUUCUGUUUAAGAGUGUUACUGGUCUGUGGCGACCACAGUUUGCAGUUGCAGCUGAAUUAGAAUUAGAAAAGCAUAGUUUGUACUUUCUGCAGGAUUGCAAACCAUUUUGUAGCUAGUUUCCUGAUUUAGAAGCAAGAGCACAAACCACAGUUUGCCAGUUCAAAUAUAACUGCAAACUACUGUUUUCUGCAAGCCCAGCAGUGGGGUGUUGAGGAAAAGGAAGUCCACAAGUCCUUAUUUCAGUCUUUAUAACACCCCGUUACAGUUUGAAAAUAUACAUGAAUUGCUGCAUUAUAAUAGGGCAAGGGAGUCUUACAAUGAGAGCAUUCUGAUGUUCCAAUUAUUUCCCUCUAGGAAAAUGGAUAAAGGGUAUAUAGCUGUUAUGCUUCACAAGAGGGUGAAGAGAGUACAGGGCAGGGGAACUGCAGUAAAUCCCCUAAUAAUAAUUCUAGGUGUCCUUUACUUCAAUUUACAUUAUGUAUAGUCACAGGCUGGCUGUCUAAGGUUCAAGAUAACUAUCUCUGUAUUAUCAACCUCAAGGUGAGGCUGUUGAUUCAAGAUGACAGUCUGGGCUUCCUGAAAAACAAACUCCUUAAGUUUCUUGUUACUUUACAUCACAUAUUUUUCUGGUUCAGGAGAAACUACCAUGUCAGUUGUUCAAGACAUAGGGAAAUUCAUAAUGUCCUGUUCAAAGAAGUUAUAAAUAUGAAAUCCAUAAUAGGUCAUUCAAAUAUUACCCACACUGAGAAUUAAAGUAACUCCAGCUCUCUUACAAGAAAGGAAAUGCCUCCAAGAACUUUUCUGUUCUGUUCUUAACCUCAUCCUUACUGUGGGUAACCUGUACUUAUCUGUGCACUGUAAUGUAAAUUAUGUGUUUGUUUUUUAUAUGUAUUGUCUUACCUUCUCUGUUAAUGUGAAAUUCCUACAUUAAAUAGUCCUUGGCUUU